UGCUCUGGAGUUCAACUCGGCUUAGGAGUACGCCACCAGGGCGGAGAUAAGGAAACAAGUGUCAACGGCGAAGCCCCUCAAAAUCAAACCGUCUCUGUCCCUCUCUCUUAACAUGAGCAUCUCAUCUCUAACCAGUUCGUGCAGCUCUUGGAGAUGGACCUGUUUAAGCUCGUCGGUGCAUUUAGGGUUUGGCUCCAACGGUUUCAAUGCCGUUGUGGCUUCUUUUACUACAAGAAGAUUUUCUCGGUCGAAAUUCAGUCUAGCUUGCAGUUCUUCACCGUCCGAUCCUCUUUUGGUCAAGGCUGCAAGGGGAGAUCCUGUAAGUAGGCCUCCAGCAUGGAUGAUGCGUCAAGCAGGAAGGUAUAUGGCUGUUUACAGAAAGCUUGCCGAGAAAUAUCCAUCCUUCAGGGAGAGGUCAGAGACAACUGAUCUCAUUGUGGAAAUUUCUUUGCAGCCUUGGGAAGCUUUCCACCCUGAUGGUGUUAUAAUUUUCUCUGACAUACUUACCCCUCUACCUGCAUUUGGUGUUCCAUUUGAAAUAGAAGAUGUGAGGGGUCCCAUCAUUCAAUCACCAAUUCGUUCUGAAGAGGACUUGAAGGCUCUGCAUCCUAUUGAUUUAGAUAAACUAGAUUUUGUUGGGGAAUCUCUUAGGAUUUUGCGGCGGGAGGUUGGGGGACCGGCUGCGGUUUUGGGUUUUGUUGGAGCACCAUGGACAAUUGCAACAUAUAUUGUAGAAGGAGGAACAACUAAGACAUACACAACUAUUAAGAGCAUGUGUCAUACAGCGCCCCAUAUAUUGAGGGCCCUACUCUCUAAAGUGACGCAGGCAAUAUCUGAGUACAUAAUCUUUCAGGUGAAUGCUGGGGCUCAUUGCAUACAAAUAUUUGAUUCAUGGGGUGGACAACUACCACCUGACAUGUGGGACAGUUGGUCGAGGCCUUAUAUUGAAGAGAUUGUCAAUGCAGUAAGGAAUAGGUCCCCUGAAACACCACUUGUACUCUACAUUAAUGGAAAUGGUGGUCUUCUUGAACGUAUGAAAGAAACUGGAGUUGAUGUUAUUGGGCUUGACUGGACCGUGGAUAUGGCAGAUGGAAGAAAACGUUUGGGAAGUGGGAUCAGUUUGCAGGGAAAUGUGGAUCCUGCUUACUUAUUCUCACCUCUUUCUGCCAUAACAGAUGAAAUCAAAAGGGUUGUGAGGUGUGCUGGUCCAGGGGGACAUAUUCUUAAUCUUGGGCAUGGUGUUCUUGUUGGGACACCUGAAGAAGCUGUUGGACAUUUCUUUGACGUUGCAAGAAGCUUGAAGUAUGGAGCACCUUCUCUAAAUCAUGGCUUGGUGGAACCAAAAUUGGUAGUUUGACAGAAUGCUGGUGAUGCACAAGCAACAAUUUUUCUUACAAAUAGGUGGUUGCAUUUGUGUUUGUGCCGUGUGCCCAUGACUUGACUGCUUGAUCUCAAUUGGGUUGCUCAUCUUUAAGUGCUCAAUGAAAGAAGGUUCUGUUCAUGCCUAUGAGUGAGCUAAUUAGAUAAUUAAAUUUUUAUAUGUAACUCAACCUUUCUUGGAUGAAACAGUACUGCGGUUUCCUUUUCUUUUUCUUUUUUUGUUCAUAUGCUAGCGGCAUAAUCAAUUAUGAUUUUUUUUAUGAGUAAAGAUCUGCAUGGUAUGUUAAUGUAUUUAGAUUUUAGAGCAACGUACAAUCUUGUUGAUAAAUUUGUGCUGCACUAACUUUUUCU